AUGAAUUUGUUCUAUAGACUAUACGCACAACUUAUUGCCCUUAUUUUCCUACAGAAAGCCAUCUCUGAAGCUACUGACCUUGUGGACGGAAACAAACAGUUGAAGCGCAAAAUUGAGCCACUAAUAACUCAAUUGGAAAAUCCAGACGGCAUGAAAAUGGUCGAGCUUCAUGAGGAGCGGGACAAAUGGAAACUUAAAGCCAAGAGACUCCAAGUGAUAAAGGAUGCUUUAUGUGGCAAGGAUGAAUAA